AUUCUCUCAAACUUAUUUUCGUUUUCCAGAGAAAUUAUUGACCAACAGAGAAGGAAGCAAGAAGACUAAAGAAGAUGAUGAUGGAAGAAAAACUUCAAGAGCGUAACCACAAUCUGAGCCUCGAGGACAUUGAUCUAUCUCUCCUCCGUCUCACUUCACCACGUGACUACUACUCUCCUUCAUCAUCCUUGUUCUCCGCCGAUGAAAUCACCCCUCCAUUGAAACGCGCCUCCCCUGUUUCCGACGAAUCCGAUCUCCCCAAACGCAGGAAAAUCUCCCCUCAAAACCCAAUGUUUAGCACCUCUCCUCCUCCCUUCACUUCCCCGGAAGCACAAUCUUCCUCUGUUCAUGACCCGACCCGGUACUCGAAUCUCACUAGCCCUGUUUCGGAGAAGCAAGAAACGACGCCGUCUGAUCCUGAUACAGAGACGAUGAAGAUGGUUAACAAAUGUGUAGAGGAGGUUAAUCGUGGAGAGACUAACUAUGCUUAUGAGAAUCAUCAAAUGGAACCGUGUGAAUUAUCUGCCAACACUGUGAUAGCUCAUCCUCGAGCUCUCACCAAUAAGAUAACUCUAAUUCGUGACGCGGGUCCUUCCAAAUUCCAGGUAAUUGCAGAUUUCGAUGCGACUUUAACGAGAUACCGAGUCAAUGGACUUCGAAGGCAGACCAGUCAUGGCCUCUUGCAGCAAGGAAACGCAUAUUACGAUGCUAAGAGGCAAGCAUUAUAUGAUCACUAUCAUCCUCUUGAGAUUUCUCCUGUGAUUCCCAUUGAUGAGAAAACCAAACUCAUGGAAGAAUGGUGGAGUAAAACUCAUGAGCUUCUCAUUGAGGGAGGUUUGACAUAUGACGCAAUCAAGAAAUCUGUUGCCAAUUCUUCCAUAGCUUUUAGAGAAGGUGUGACUGAACUUUUCGAAUUUUUGGAGAAAAAGGAGAUCCCUGUUCUGAUUUUUUCAGCAGGACUUGCUGAUGUCAUUGAAGAGGUUUUGAGGCAGAACCUUGAUAGAACUUUCAAGAAUGUUAAGAUUGUAUCUAACAGGAUGGUGUUCAAUGACGAUGGACAGCUCGUGUCUUUCAAAGGAAAGCUAAUUCACGUGCUAAACAAAAACGAACACGCUUUAGACAUGGCUGCUCCACUUCAUGAUCGACUUGGUGUUGACAUUGGUGAGGAAGAUGAAGAAAAUGUAAACAUGAAAGAGCGAAGGAAUGUUUUGCUUAUGGGAGAUCAUUUGGGGGAUUUAAGGAUGUCUGAUGGACUGGAUUAUGAAACUCGGAUAUCUAUUGGGUUUCUGAACGAUAACAUUGAGAAGAGUCUUGAGAGCUACCGCGAGUCAUUUGAUCUUGUUUAUCUUAAUGAUGCACCUAUGUGGGGAGCUCUGGAACUUGUUUCUCGGUUAUUCUCAACAGAAGCGAGGUAGCUGCCAAUGCCUCUGCGGAGCUACUUUAAGUGCAAGACUAUUUCUUUCAGUUGAUGAAAACUAUAUUGCAAGUAGAAUUCAUGUGUAUUGCUUUAGAUUAUAAAAUAAACUAUAUUGAUGAAA